GGAGGGAGAGGGGUUGAGUCAAGAUGGCGGCCAAGGUGGCGAAGCAGCAGCGGCAGCAGCGGCGGCGGAGGUGGCGGCGGCUGGAGUGAGCUCAGGGCUCGGCCGCGCCGAACGAGGUCCCGGCGGAGGGGACGCGCGUCCCGUUCCUCAGGCCGGGGGCAGGGGAGCGGGUGGCGCGCCGGCUCCUACGCUCCGCCAGCUCCCGGUUGUUUCCUAGAAACAUGGUUGGUUGUUGGAUUUGAUCUCACAGCCCAGUGAGGACGUCUUUACUGAUAAUGUCAAGUUCAGGUUAUCCUCCCAACCAAGGAGCAUUCAGCACAGAACAAAGUCGCUAUCCUCCCCACUCUGUCCAGUACACCUUUCCCAGCACCCGCCACCAGCAGGAGUUCGCAGUCCCUGACUACCGUUCGCCUCAUCUUGAAGUCAGCCAGGCGUCACAGCUCCUGCAGCAGCAGCAGCAGCUCCGCAGACGGCCUUCCUUGCUUUCCGAGUUUCACCCAGGUUCUGACAGGCCUCAAGAAAGGAGAACUGGAUAUGAGCAGUUUCAUCCAGGCCCAUCCCCAGUGGAUCAUGAUCCACUGGAGUCCAAGCGCCCACGUCUGGAGCAGGUUUCCGAUUCCCAUUUCCAGCGAGUCAGUGCUGCGGUCCUACCGUUAGUGCACACUCUGCCGGAAGGCUUGAGGUCCUCUGCAGAUGCCAAGAAGGAUCCAGCAUUUGGAGGCAAACAUGAUGCCCCAUCCUCUCCAAUCUCUGGGCAGCCCUGUGGAGAUGAUCAAAAUGCCUCACCGUCCAAGCUUUCCAAGGAAGAGUUAAUACAGAGCAUGGACCGUGUAGAUAGGGAGAUUGCGAAAGUGGAACAGCAGAUCCUUAAACUGAAGAAGAAGCAACAACAGCUGGAGGAAGAAGCAGCCAAACCUCCCGAGCCCGAGAAGCCCGUGUCUCCCCCUCCAGUGGAGCAGAAGCACCGGAGCAUCGUGCAGAUCAUUUAUGAUGAAAAUCGGAAAAAAGCAGAAGAAGCUCAUAAAAUUUUUGAAGGCCUUGGCCCAAAAGUUGAACUGCCACUCUAUAACCAGCCAUCGGAUACCAAGGUGUACCAUGAGAACAUCAAGACUGGAGUACCUGCAAGGCGCAUGAUGAAAAACCAGGUGAUGAGGAAAAAACUCAUUUUAUUUUUUAAAAGAAGAAAUCAUGCAAGAAAACAAAGGGAACAAAAAAUCUGCCAACGUUAUGAUCAGCUCAUGGAGGCGUGGGAGAAAAAGGUGGACAGAAUAGAAAAUAACCCUCGGAGGAAAGCUAAAGAGAGCAAAACAAGAGAGUACUACGAAAAGCAAUUUCCAGAAAUUCGGAAACAAAGAGAACAGCAAGAAAGGUUUCAACGAGUUGGGCAGAGGGGAGCUGGUCUUUCAGCCACUAUUGCUAGGAGUGAGCAUGAGAUUUCUGAAAUUAUUGAUGGUCUCUCUGAACAGGAGAAUAAUGAGAAACAAAUGCGGCAGCUCUCUGUGAUACCCCCUAUGAUGUUUGAUGCAGAACAAAGACGGGUCAAGUUCAUUAACAUGAAUGGGCUGAUGGAGGACCCUAUGAAGGUUUAUAAAGAUAGGCAGUUUAUGAAUGUUUGGACUGACCAUGAAAAGGAAAUCUUCAAAGACAAGUUCAUCCAGCAUCCAAAAAAUUUUGGACUAAUCGCAUCUUACUUGGAAAGGAAGAGUGUUCCUGAUUGUGUUUUAUAUUACUAUUUAACCAAGAAAAAUGAGAAUUAUAAAGCCCUAGUAAGAAGGAAUUAUGGAAAACGAAGAGGGAGAAACCAGCAAAUUGCCCGGCCCUCACAAGAAGAAAAAGUAGAAGAAAAAGAAGAGGAUAAAACAGAAAAAACAGAAAAAAAAGAAGAAGAAAAGAAGGAUGAAGAAGAAAAAGAUGAAAAGGAGGAUUCUAAAGAAAAUGUCAAGGAAAAAGAUAAGACGGAAGGACUAGCAGAGGAAACUGAGGAGAGAGAGCAGGCCACACCUCGAGGGCGAAAGACUGCCAACAGUCAGGGUCGCCGGAAGGGCCGGAUCACCAGGUCCAUGACAAACGAAGCUGCAGCUGCCAGUGCUGCGGCUGCUGCGGCCACCGAGGAACCUCCUCCGCCUCUGCCUCCUCCGCCAGAGCCCAUUCCCACAGAGCCUGUGGAAACUUCUCGAUGGACAGAAGAAGAAAUGGAGGUUGCUAAAAAAGGUCUAGUAGAACAUGGUCGUAACUGGGCAGCAAUUGCCAAAAUGGUAGGAACCAAAAGUGAAGCUCAAUGUAAAAAUUUCUAUUUUAAUUAUAAAAGGCGACAUAAUCUUGACAACCUCUUGCAACAGCAUAAACAGAAAGCAGAUUUACAGAGAGAAGGAGAAACAGAGAGAGAAAGAUCUUCCAUCCGCUGGUUCACUCCCCAAAUGGCCGCAACGGCAGGAGCUGAGCCGAUCCGAAGCCAGGAGCCGGGAGCCUCUUCCGGGUCUCCCAUGCGGACUUCACGGAAGCCUCGUGAGGAGCGGGAUGUAUCUCAGUGUGAAAGUGUUGCUUCCACCGUUUCUGCCCAGGAGGACGAGGACAUUGAAGCCUCCAAUGAGGAAGAGAAUCCAGAGGACAGCGAAGGUGCUGAAAAUAGUUCUGAUACAGAAAGUGCUCCUUCUCCUUCACCAGUUGAAGCUGUCAAGCCCGGAGAAGACAGCACUGAAAAUGCCGCUUCUCGAGGAAGCGCGGAACCCGUGGCUGAGCUCGAGUCCACAGCUGAAACUGCACCGGGUGCGUCUCCUUCCUCAGCGGCCCCAAGCGCCAAACCAGCUGAGAGUGAAAGUGCGGAGAGCCAGACGAGUGCCACCGUCAGCGUGGAGACAGCAGAGCCGAUGGACAUAGAGCAGCAGGAAUGCAGCGCUAAAGCAGGUUCUGUGCUUGAUACCCCAGUCACUACCAAAGCAGACCCUGGAGAUGUUGACGUUCGGGUGCCGGAAAACGGUGCUCCUACAGCAGAAGGUGAAACCAAAGAAAGAGACUUGGAGAGAGCCAGUGAAAAGGCAGAGCCUAGAGAUGAAGACUUGGAGGUGGCCCAGCAGAUAACUCCCCAAAGGCCUGAGCCCCAGUCAGACAAUGACUCCAGUGCCACCUGCAGUGCUGAUGAAGACGUGGAGGGCGAACCAGAACGGCAGAGAAUAUAUCCUCUUGACUCAAAGCCUUCUUUAUUAAACCCCACUGGAUCUAUACUCGUCUCUUCCCCGAUAAAACCAAAUGCAUUAGACCUGCCCCAGCUUCAGCAUCGAGCUGCUGUUAUCCCACCAAUGGUUUCCUGCACCCCAUGCAGUAUACCCAUUGGAACUCCAGUGAGCGGUUAUGCCCUCUACCAGCGGCACAUUAAAGCGAUGCAUGAGUCUGCCCUCCUGGAAGAGCAGCGGCAGAGACAGGAGCAGGCAGAUUUGGAAUGCAGGAGUUCUACAAGUCCAUGUGGUCCUGCCAAAAGUCCCAGCAGAGAGUGGGAAGUCCUCCAGCCUGCUCCACAUCAAGUGAUAACUAAUCUUCCUGAAGGGGUCCGCCUUCCAACCACUCGACCAACCAGGCCGCCACCACCUCUCAUCCCAUCCUCCAAAACCACUGUGGCUUCUGAAAAGCCGUCGUUUAUCAUGGGAGGCUCUAUCUCACAGGGAACACCCGGCACCUAUUUGACUUCCCACAAUCAGGCUUCCUACGCUCAAGAAACAGCUAAGCCCUCCGUGGGAUCCAUCUCUCUUGGGCUGCCACGGCAGCAGGAACCCUCCAAAUCAGCUGCUUUGCCCUAUAUCAAGCAAGAAGAAUUUUCUCCUCGAAGCCAAAAUUCCCAACCCGAGGGUUUACUGGUCAGGGCCCAACAUGAAGGUGUGGUCAGAGGUACCGCAGGAGCCAUCCAAGAGGGAAGUAUAACUCGAGGAACUCCAAGCAGCAAGAUCUCUGUGGACAGCAUCUCCUCCCUUCGGGGCUCCAUCACCCAGGGUACCCCGGCUCUGUCCCAGGCUGGCAUCCCCACCGAGGCACUGGUGAAGGGGUCCAUUUCUCGAAUGCCCAUUGAAGAGAGCAGUCCUGAGAAGGGCAGAGAAGAAGCUGCAUCGAAAGGCCAUGUUAUCUAUGAAGGCAAGAGUGGACAUAUCCUAUCCUAUGACAAUAUUAAAAAUGCCCGAGAAGGGACUAGGAGCCCGAGAACAGCACAUGAAAUGAGUUUAAAAAGAAGCUAUGAAUCCGUUGAAGGAAAUAUAAAGCAAGGGAUCUCCAUGAGGGAGCCUCCUGUUUCAGCACCACUAGAGGGGCUGAUCUGCCGAGCCUUGCCCAGGGGAAGCCCUCACUCUGACCUCAAGGAAAGGACCGUGCUGUCAGGCUCCAUAAUGCAGGGCACACCAAGAACAACAAGUGAAAGCUUUGAAGAUGGCCUUAAGUAUCCCAAACAAAUUAAAAGGGAAAGUCCUCCCAUUAGGGCAUAUGAAGGUGCCAUUACCAAAGGAAAACCAUACGAUGGCGUUACCACCAUAAAGGAGAUGGGGCGUUCCAUUCAUGAGAUCCCACGGCAAGACAUUUCAACUCAGGAGAGCCGGAAGACUCCAGAAGUGGUCCAGAGCACGAGGCCCAUCAUUGAAGGAUCCAUUUCCCAGGGUACACCAAUAAAGUUUGACAGCAACUCAGGUCAAUCUGCCAUCAAACACAACGUCAAGUCCUUGAUCACAGGACCUAGUAAACUUCCCCGCGCGAUGCCUGUGGAGAUUGUACAGGAGAACAUCAAAGUGGUAGAAAGGGCGAAGUAUGAAGAUGUCAAAGCCGGAGAGCCCGUGCGUUCCCGGCACACGUCUGUGGUGAGCUCGGGCCCCUCGGUCCUCAGGUCCACCCUCCACGAAGCUCCCAAGGCCCAGCUGAGCCCAGGGAUCUACGAUGACACCAGUGCCCGGAGGACUCCUGUGAGCUACCAGAACACCAUUUCCAGAGGCUCCCCCAUGAUGAGCAGAACCUCUGAUGUUACUAUUUCUUCCAGCAAGUCUACCAAUCAUGAGAGGAAGUCGACACUGACCCCUACCCAGAGGGAGAGUAUACCAGCGAAGUCUCCGGUGCCUGGAGUGGACCCUGUCGUGAGCCACAGCCCGUUUGAUCCCCAUCACAGGGGCAGCACUGCAGGGGAGGUUUACCGGAGCCAUCUGCCCACGCAUUUGGAUCCAGCCAUGCCAUUCCACAGGGCUCUGGAUCCUGCAGCUGCUGCUUACCUGUUUCAGAGACAGCUUUCACCAACUCCAGGCUACCCAAGUCAGUAUCAGCUCUAUGCAAUGGAGAACACAAGGCAGACAAUCUUAAAUGAUUACAUUACCUCACAGCAGAUGCAAGUGAACUUGCGCCCAGAUGUAGCCAGAGGACUCUCCCCAAGAGAACAGCCCCUGGGCCUCCCGUACCCAGCAACCAGAGGAAUCAUUGACCUGACCAAUAUGCCUCCAACAAUUUUAGUGCCUCACCCUGGGGGGACGAGCACGCCUCCCAUGGACAGAAUCACGUACAUUCCUGGGACACAGAUCACUUUCCCUUCCAGGCCAUACAACUCUGCGUCCAUGUCUCCUGGACACCCAACACACCUUGUAGCAGCUGCAAGCGCGGAGCGGGAGCGGGAGCGGGAACGCGAGCGAGAGAGGGAGAGAGAAAGGGAGAAAGAACGGGAGCGGGAGCGGGAGCGGAUCGCAGCAGCCUCCUCGGACCUCUACCUGCGCCCAGCAGGCUCAGAACAGCCCGGCCGGCCUGGCAGCCACGGGUAUGUCCGCUCCCCGUCCCCUUCCGUGAGGGCUCAGGAGACCAUGUUGCAGCAAAGACCCAGCGUCUUCCAGGGAACCAACGGAACCAGCGUGAUCACCCCUUUGGAUCCAACUGCUCAGCUACGAGUCAUGCCACUGCCUGCUGGGGGCCCUUCCAUAAGCCAAGGCCUGCCAGCCUCCCGCUACAACACUGCUGCGGACGCCCUGGCUGCUCUUGUGGAUGCUGCAGCUUCUGCACCCCAGAUGGAUGUUUCCAAAACAAAAGAGAGUAAGCAUGAAGCUGCCAGGUUAGAAGACAAUUUGAGAAGCAGGUCAGCUGCAGUUAGUGAACAGCAGCAGCUAGAGCAGAAAACCCUGGAGGUGGAGAAGAGAUCUGUUCAGUGUCUGUACACUUCUUCAGCCUUUCCAAGUGGCAAGCCCCAGCCUCAUUCUUCAGUAGUUUAUUCUGAGGCUGGGAAAGAUAAAGGGCCUCCUCCAAAAUCCAGAUAUGAGGAAGAGCUAAGGACCCGAGGGAAGACUACCAUUACUGCAGCUAACUUCAUAGACGUGAUCAUCACCCGGCAAAUUGCCUCGGACAAGGAUGCGAGGGAACGUGGCUCUCAAAGUUCAGACUCUUCUAGUAGCUUGUCUUCUCACAGGUAUGAGACGACUAGUGAUGCUAUUGAGGUGAUAAGUCCUGCCGGCUCACCUGCGCCGCCCCAGGAGCAACUGCAGGCCUGUCAGCCAGAGAUUGUUAAAGCAAAUCAAGCAGAAAACGAUCCGGGCAGACAGUACGAAGGAGCGUUGCAUCACUACCGAGCCCAGCAGGAGCCUCCCUCUCCGCAGCAGCAGCUGCCCCCUUCCUCCCAGGCAGAGGCAGUGGGCCAAGUGCCCAGGACCCACCGGCUCAUCACGCUUGCCGAUCACAUCUGUCAAAUUAUCACACAGGAUUUUGCUAGAAAUCAAGUUCCCUCGCAGACUCCCCCACAGCCUCCCACUUCUACAUUCCAAAACUCGCCAUCUGCUUUGGUAUCCACACCUGUGAGGACGAAAUCAUCAAGCCGUUACAGCCCCGAGUCCCAGCCGCCUCCCGUCCACCAUCAGAGACCGGGUCCUAGAGUCUCUCCAGAAAAUCUCGUGGACAAAUCUCGGGGCAGGCCUGGAAAAUCGCCAGAGAGGAGUCACGUGUCUUCAGAGCCCUACGAGCCCAUCUCCCCACCCCAGGUUCCGGUUGUGCAUGACAAACAGGACAGCAUGCUGCUCUUGUCUCAGAGGGGAGCAGAGCCUGCGGAGCAGAGGAAUGACUCCCGCUCACCAGGGAGUAUUAGCUACUUGCCUUCAUUCUUCACCAAGCUUGAAAACACGUCACCCAUGGUUAAAUCAAAGAAGCAGGAGAUUUUUCGUAAGUUGAACUCCUCUGGUGGAGGUGACACUGAUAUGGCAGCAGCUCAGCCAGGAACAGAGAUCUUUAAUCUGCCAGCAGUUACAACAUCAGGCUCCGUCAGCUCACGCGGGCAUUCCUACGCUGACCCUGCCAGUAAUCUCGGGCUGGAAGACAUCAUCAGGAAGGCCCUCAUGGGCAGCUUUGAUGACAAAGUGGAGGAUCACGGAGUGGUCAUGUCCCAGGCUGUCGGCGUGGUGCCUGGCAGCGCCAGCACGUCAGUUGUGACCAGCAGUGAGGCCCGGCGAGAGGAAGGGGACCCGUCACCUCACUCAGCAGGCGUCUGCAAACCAAAGCUGAUCAGCAAGUCCAAUAGCAGGAAAUCUAAAUCCCCCAUCCCUGGGCAAGCCUACCUGGGGGGCGAGCGGCCCUCGUCCGUGUCCUCGGUCCAUUCGGAAGGGGACUACCACAGGCAGACGCCGGGCUGGGCCUGGGAAGACAGGCCAUCUUCAACAGGUUCGACGCAGUUCCCGUAUAACCCUCUGACGCUGCGGAUGCUAAGCAGCACCCCACCCACUCCGAUUGCAUGCGCCCCCUCCGCCGUGAGCCAGGCAGCUCCUCACCAACAGAACAGGAUCUGGGAGCGAGAGCCCGCCCCGCUGCUCUCGGCGCAGUACGAGACGCUGUCGGACAGCGAUGAGUGAGCACGGACGUGAGGCUGGACGGGGUGAAGGGAGGAGCCCCGCUUCUGGUGUUGUGUUUGUAAGUGCAGGUCGGAAACCUGCCCUCCUAUGAUUUGUGCCCAGAGACUUUUCAGGAGAGCCAGGGCCACAGAUGACGGAGAAAUGAUAAAAAAAAAUUUGGAGAGUCAAAUAGGAGAAAACAAAACCGCCUUUGAUAUGGUCAAUUGAGUGGAUUAUAAUUGUAGAGGGCUGAAAUUGUAGAGUUUUUAAAAAGUGGACAAUUCCUGUUGCUACAUCUGUUUGUAAAGAAAACCAUAAUUUCUUUAAAUCACUCUUAUGUAAAUAGAGGACCUUUUUGCAGUGUAGCCCCUUGCUGUAGAUCUGGUGUACUUAUGUUCAAAGCAGCACAUCAACUUGGGGGGUAAUUUUUGAAAAAUUUUUUUGUCUAUCUUUUUAACCCUAGCCUUCUAAAAAAAAACCUCACACAGCCCAGAUACAUAAUGUUGGCUGUCACGGGCAUUGUACUUUAUCUGAUUUUGUUUCCUCUAAAUUCAGCUUCCCAGUGAUGUUUAAAACCUUGUGCAAAUGUUUAGGUUUUUAACACGGACCCUGUCAUAAAGUCUGUACAUUAGGGUCAAAGGUAGGAACAAUGGACUUCUGCCGUAAUGUAAAUUUCCAGUGCGAGCUUUAAUUUUUCUUUCAUUAGUAGCACUGAAAAAAAAAAUGACUGCAUGGGUAUGUUAUAGUUGAGUUUUUAAAGUUUUAAAGGCUUAUUUGAGGCAUACCUCACUGUUAUGCACACUGGUAACUUAACCACGCCCCGGAAGUGUUCCUUUUCUCCUGCAUUUGAUGCGGCCCAACAAAGCUUCUGUUUUGAAAUAAAUCUGACCGGCUUGUCCA